CAAUCGAUAACGAUCGGUGGCACUUGGCUGUUCUAACGUUGGCGUUUGUUCCGUCGCUUGGUCACACGUUCACGUCAUCUUUUUAGUUUCCAAUGUGUGAAUUUUGCAUCCCACAUGCUUAGGGGUAACCGAAAUAAGAAGAAAUCCAAGAAUCCCCGUACGAGAAGAAAAGUGCUAGUUUCAAAGUUAAAUGUGAACUAGAAAGUGUGUGAACAAAGUGUAGCUUUCGUCCGUCCGGUUCAAUCUGGAUUUGAGCAGUUUGAACAGUGUUGGGCUCCGUACCCUUAUAUUUUCAUUUAUUUAAAGUUUAGGGGUGUUUUGGAUACAUAAACGUUGCAUUCGUUGUUAUUUGGUUGUUAACUGUUUGCUUGAACCCGAUCAAAAAUGUCUGAAGAAUCGUCUGCAGAUCGCAAUGUCGAAAUAUGGAAGAUAAAGAAGCUAAUCAAGAGCUUGGAAAUGGCAAGAGGGAAUGGUACAUCAAUGAUAUCCUUAAUAAUACCACCAAAGGAUCAGAUAUCCAGAGUCUCCAAAAUGCUGGCUGAUGAAUUUGGCACUGCCUCCAACAUCAAAUCAAGAGUAAACAGACUUUCUGUGCUGGGUGCCAUCACAUCUGUGCAGCACAGACUCAAGUUAUACACUAAAGUACCACCCAACGGCCUGGUAAUAUACUGCGGUACGAUCGUAACGGAGGAAGGAAAAGAGAAGAAGGUCAACAUCGACUUUGAGCCAUUCAAACCGAUCAACACAUCCCUAUAUCUGUGCGAUAACAAAUUCCAUACCGAAGCCUUAACUGCAUUGUUGGCAGAUGAUAAUAAGUUUGGCUUCAUCGUUAUGGAUGGUAAUGGCGCGUUAUUUGGUACGCUGCAAGGUAAUACACGUGAGGUGCUGCACAAGUUCACGGUGGAUCUACCCAAGAAGCACGGCCGUGGUGGUCAGUCCGCCUUACGUUUCGCGCGUCUGCGUAUGGAGAAACGUCACAACUACGUGCGCAAGGUUGCCGAGGUGGCCACACAGCUAUUCAUCAGUGCGGACCGUCCCAAUGUGGCUGGACUCAUCCUGGCUGGUUCCGCUGACUUCAAAACCGAGCUGUCCCAGUCUGAUAUGUUUGAUCCGCGUCUGCAAUCCAAAAUCAUCAAACUGGUGGACGUGUCUUACGGUGGUGAGAACGGGUUCAACCAGGCGAUAGAACUCGCAGCUGAGUCCCUUCAGAACGUCAAGUUUAUACAGGAGAAGAAACUCAUUGGGCGCUACUUUGACGAGAUCUCUCAGGACACUGGAAAAUACUGCUUCGGUGUAGACGAUACGUUGCGGGCGCUGGAACUCGGCGCUGUCGAAACACUCAUCUGCUGGGAGAACCUAGACAUUCAGCGAUACGUGCUCAAAUCCCACGCCACCAACCAGGAGACCAUUCUGCAUCUCACGCCCGAGCAAGAGAAGGAUAAGUCACAUUUCACUGAUAAAGAUACUGGCGUGGAAUUGGAGCUGGUCGAAUGCCAGCCUUUGCUUGAAUGGCUCGCCAACAACUACAAGUCUUUCGGGGCGACUCUUGAGAUCAUCACCGACAAGAGUCAGGAGGGUAGUCAGUUCGUCAGGGGAUUCGGAGGGAUCGGCGGUCUCCUACGCUACAAGGUAGACUUCCAAUCGAUGCAACUGGAUGACGAAGAAAUUGACAACUUAUACGACAUCGACGAUUAUUAAACCUAUGGCAUAAGUUAAAAUUGUAUAUUAAAUUUUAGCGGAAGUCUCAGAUACAUAACGAAAAUGAAGAGAAAUUUACAACACCCCUAAAGCCUUACUUUAUAAAAGGGUGAAAUCACAUUACGAUUUCCAUUUCAUCUUUAUACAGAUCGCUUUUUUUUUUACGAAGAUGCGUACGCAAUUCAUUCCCGAUUUCUUGCAUUUACUAUAGCUUUCGCAUUUUUGUAUUUAAAAUCAUCCGAAGUCAACUUGUAAGAAGUUAUGCUGGCGCGUCUUAACAUCCGUGGCAUUUAAAUAUAUCUUGCAGUGACUUAUAGUAUUCGACAGCAUAAUAGAUGGUGAAAUAAUCUGGGUGCCUGGUCUAAGAUUUCUUGUCGUUUCCGUCAUAGUUAACUGCGGUUUGCAUGGAAUCGAUAGAGCGCCACCUAGUUAUAAUAGCGGGAAACAAUAUUGGAUAGAAGCAGGGCGUUACUUUGCAGAAAUCCACGAUAUAUUAUGAAAAUUAAGCUUAAUUUGCUAUUGCUCCGCAAAAAGCAGGAGAAUCUGUAU